AUGAAGAAGAUCGCGAUCAUUGUCUGGUUAUUUCCAUUAAAACCCCAGGUCUCUACUACUACAACUGGGACCCGUACAACUCCAACAGAGACCCGUACAACUCCAACAGGGACCCGUACAACUCCAACAGGGACCCGUACAACUCCAACAGGGACCCGUACAACUCCAACAGGGACCCGUACAACUCCAACAGGGACCCGUACAACUCCAACAGAGACCCGUACAACUCCAACAGGGACCCGUACAACUCCAACAACUGGGACCCAUACAAUUUUCUCGAGAACCAAGAAUCGUUCAUCCAACCUCUCUUUUAAGGAAUCCCAUGGUAGCGAAGAUGAUGAGAUAUUUGACGUACCCUCAGCAACAGGGUUUUUAGCCUGGGCUAUCACCUGCACCUUAGCCAUCAUCCUUAUAAUUUUGAAAAAAUACCUGGUAAAGACCUUUCAUCCAUGCAAUCAGUGUAAUGUAGAGUCCCAACCACUACCAGACACCCAGCCAACUUCCGCAGACACCCAGGCAACUGCCGCAGACACCCAGACAACUUCCGCAGACACCCAGGCAACUUCCGCAGACACCCAGGCAACUUCCGCAACUUCCGCAGACACCCAGCCAACUUCCGCAGACACCCAGCCAAGUGUCGCAAUCCCAACCAUUAACACACCAUCACAUUCCAUUGCAACCCCAUCAUCAUCAUUUUAUGACACCCCUCUGCAGUCAGCUACACUCCCAACACCGUCCUCGACAACUGUACUUGUAAGUCCACCAGCGAAAAACACAAGAUCAAAGGCAAAGGGCAAAGUUUUAUUUAAGUUGUAAGCUAAAAGGAAAUUAAAGUGAUUUCCCAUGCAAGAUAGAAUUAGAGAAUUAAUGUUUAAGAUAGUUUCAGUGUUCUUUUUUUCAGAGAUACAUGUAGGGGUCGAGUUUUGUUUUUGGUGUGUUAUUCUUUUGAAAAAAAAAAGUAUUGAUCAAGAGAGAGAGAGAGAGAUGUAAAAAAAAAUUAAUAAAUAUUUAAUGACAGAUGAUACAAACAAAAUUUUCAACCUCUUUCAUUUUUUUACACUAAAGAGUUCCAUAAGUAAAUAUAUAAGUUGACACCUGUUUUGUAUUUUAGGAGAAAAAAAAAUAUAAAAUUUCGUAAAUUUGAAGUUAAGGGGAUGAAAUAUCCCUGUGCAAUUUAUUUUUACAUACUAAUGACAUGAUAAAAAACUCUUUUGCAGAUAAAAAUUGUGUUCGUAUCAUCUGUCCUUAAGUUGUAAAUUACUGGUUUUUUUCUAUGUAGGGGAACAUUACAGAACUGACGUUUAAGAUGCUGCAUGUGGUUGUUUUUUGCUUAGAGAUUUUCAGAGAAAUGAGGACGAGUUUAAUUUCUGUGAGUGAGUUAGUUUUUUCUUUGGACAAACAGAGAGAGAAAAAGGGGUGUUUACGUUGUAAAUUAAACAGAUGUCAUUUUGCAUGUAAGACCAAAUUAACAGAAAAUGAUGUUAAGAUAGUUCAAGUGGAGGUUUUUUUUUUUGUUUUGCUAAGAAAAUUUUCAGAGAAAAUGAGGUUGAGUUUUAUGUCAGUAAGUGGGAUAUUUUUAAUUUUAUUUUUUGGCCCAGAGCCUUUUUUUUUAUUCAGUUAUGCCAUAAAAAGUAUUCAGUAUUCAGUACAUGAAAAGUAUUUAUGUACUUGUAUAUCACUAUAUGAUAUUUCUUGUCUUUUUUUGUGUGAUUUUAAAUCAAUGUUCAUUGUGGUAUUUGAUGAUUUAAUCAAUAUUUGUAAUAUGUAAUCGAAGCUGUGAUUAUCGGUUUUUUUUGCCUUUCAUAGAUAAUGUUUGGUAUUGAUUAA